AUUCGCAAAGUAUACGAUCAAGUGUGAAGAACACAAUUCCAGUCACUGAAGUAGAUUUAAAGAUUUAUUGAAAUACAAAAUCGAAAACGAAUACAAAUUGCACACAAUGGCUACACAAAAGGACGCAAGCUUUUCCUCUAUACCCGUAUUCUCAUCGUCAUCAGAGUUUCGUGUUAACGCCUCACACUUCAGCGGAGAGGAUCUAAACUCGUUCGUCGAAAUCUUAGAGAUAAUAGCCAAAUUGCAGCGGGAACAACGUGAAAAUGAAGAGCGCCGCAAUGAGCAGAUAGAAGAAACUCGCUUACUUCUACAAACAUCAUUCCAUAUAUCGGAACCUUCACUCAACUCACUCCGCUGUGCUCCGAGUCCAAUAUCAUCGCCUACUAAAGAGAGGCUUAGUCUGUGCAUCUACAAAAAUGAACCAGGCGCUGUGUCACCACAAUUAUUACCACCUACAACACCGCUACCAAAGCGACCCAUUUCGCAACGCUCCCGUUCAUCAGAUGAGGAUGAGACUUAUUUCAGUGAUGUCAGCAUCAGAUUACAACGCACACCAUGCCGUACACCGACUACAUUGCCAAAGAAACCGCGUCUCUUGUUUCCGCCUUCACCAGAAGCGUUGAAAAGCGCCAAAAAUGGCUCGGAUUCCGAAGAGUCCGGCAUAUACCCUCUAGCUAAUAGUUCAUCAACAUCAGCGCAAAAAGUGCCGAAGACAAUACGCGCGCGCAAGCGUCUUAUGAGUUUCGAGAAACCCAAACGCACCAUACGCUUACGCAUACUCGAUUUACUACUGAGACGAGAUCAUCUGCAUGAGAGGAAGAUCGCUACCAAUGGUAGAAAUACAAAAAUUGCAUUUUCCACAUUGGAUUUGAGCGUCGAUCGAGCCCAAAAUGAGAAAUACAGUAAUUUAGCUUUGCGUUUGUUGCGCAAAAUGAAGAAAGAGUUCACGACAAAGGAGGUGGGCAAUGAAAAUCGGGCGGAAUUAGAGAAAUUGGACAAAGCAUUGAGCUAUAUGACUUUGUAAUGACCGACCCUGAAGAAGAAGAUACAGAUUACCAAAAUGAUCUCCAUGAGAUUGAAAUAUCUAACGGUAUGAAUGACGUUCGAUGAACUGUAAGAGCGAGUGAAAUGGAUAUGGAAGUGGGCUACAAAUUUAGUUUUAAGUACAUAAUUUAUUACAUUGUUAGUUAUAACCACUCAUUAGUUGCAUAUAUGUACUUUAAUAAAUCAUUUUUUAUUAAUAAAGUAUAUGACAAAAAA